AUGCCUUUAAUUUUUUAUCAGACUGUCCUGGAAAGAUCACCAUCGGAUAGAGUAACACGAGCUGACGAGGAUCGACGGAGACGUACUAUUAUUGUUGAAAAGAAAAACGGAACGUAUGGUUUCACAUUACAAAGCUACGGAAUUCACUACAAACGUGAGCAGGAAAUAGAAAUGGUUACUUACGUGGACUUUGUCGAGUACGAUGGACCGGCAUUCAAAGCCGGGAUGCGAGAAGGUGACGUUAUUCUGUCAAUCAACGGACAUGAAAUGGACCGCGCGGAUCACAAGACACUGGUUAAUUUCAUUAAGAAUUGUGACUCGCGUAUGCGUAUGGUCGUCUCCUUUGAAGAUUGUGUGAGAAAGGUCGAAUUACACAUGCGGUACAUUGAGCUCCAGCGUGCCCUGCAGUCCCGUUUAGCUGAACUUGACAGACUAUGUGAGCGAGAGCGGUCUAUUUUAAUGGGUAGAUGGAAGACUCACUCACUUCCUGCGAGAAAAAAGGCACCUAAUUGCAGCGUCAACGACGAGGAUCGAGACUCUGGUUCAGCUGGAUUUACCUCGAAUUUACCUUGCUGCAGACCCGCUACUUCCAUUGAGCACCUACUUUUAUACAGCGUUUAUACAGACGGUCGACCUUGCCUUAUACCUCGGAGUGCUGCGUGUUUGGUGACAAUAGGUCCUCCACGAUCACGCAGCGAUCACCACUAUUUUUUAUCUAAGAAUUCCAAUGACGUCAGCCUAGGUCGUUACAGCUAUCACCAGACUAAUGGAUUACCUUCGACUCCGGCUAAAAAUAAAGCCAACAGCGGUCAGCAGAAACCCGCAGGACAAUCACAAACUUCGACCAAAGAAGAUAACGCACAUUCUACUAUGCACAAUAAUUUAUGUGUAGCUUGUAUUUCUAGCGCUAAUCAGCGACAACGCGAACCUGCAGAGGGAGGGAGUCUGGAUGUUUAUGAUCUUGCUAGUCCUUGUUGUGAUCCAAAUUGCGUACCAAGUCGUAGGAGAAGAGAGAAGCAAAGAAGAAUGCGAAGUGAGCAGCAACAACUUCAACAACAGCAGCAACAACAACAACAACAACAACAACAGCAGCAGCAGCAGCAACAGCAACAACAUCCAAAUCAUUGCUCAAGAGCAUCAGGACAUAGUCUUCAUUCGAUUACCAGCAGUGAAAUUUCUACAAACGUCGAAAGCGGGGCAUCUUGCUCGACCUCUCUAAGCACAGAUACCCUCUAUUGGGACCCCAAUGUCCAGCAUCGUCCUCCAACCUGCAUUCAAUACUCAAAGCCCAAAUCCUGGGAUAAUUUGACCACUAAAGCUUUUGGAGGCUACGGUUUUGGGUACGGGUACUUGGACACUGCGGCUAAAACUCACAGCGCGGAAAGACCAAAGUCACAUAAUCGAAAGAGCUCCGGGUCUAAUCGAAGGUCUACUUCUACUGCCUAUUCUACGGGGUCACAAAGGCACUUUCAGCCGACGAAGUCUACGGAGAGCUUGCUGGUCCAGAGUCCCUAUCAAAGCGAAUUGGAUUCCACUCACAGUUGCGAGUGCCUGGAUAAGUCAGACAGAAGCAGUUCGACGACUAUUGCUACCGCGGGAACUGCAGAGAAGCCUAAGAAACAUGACCAAGAUGGACAUCACCAUCAUCAUCAUCAUCAUGACUCGCAUCACCAUCAUCAUCAUCAUCAUCAUCAUCACCAGGGCAGGCAUCGCAAAUCUAGUCAUUCGGGCAGCAAAGACAAAACCGCCAAAAAUUCGGAAGUCACUAGACUUUAA